AUGGCGUUAUUGCACCGUAUGUCUGGUGAGUGUAUCAAGUCCGAGUUGGACUUAUUUACGGUACCUCUGACACAGACCAUCAUCGAGAAAAACAGCUAUUUAGAAGUAGCUCCGUUAUCGGCCCUUUCAGCCUCUGCCCCGAUAGAGUUUUUUAUCGCGGGUAACGGGGAUGAUUAUGUGGAUCUCAACAACACCAUGCUCUAUCUACGGGUGAAAAUCACGCAACCUGAUGGGGACGAAAUAGCUCAUCCGGCCAAGGUCGGACUCGUCAACUACCCGGGCGCGACAAUAUUUUCACAAGUCGACAUAACCCUGGGUGAUCGCCUGAUAUCUCAAAGCUCAAGCACCUAUCCUUAUCGCUGCAUUAUAGAGAGUCUGCUCAACUACGGUAAGGAUACGUUGGAUUCUCUGUUCUCCACAGCACUAUUUCACAGAGAUUCCCCGGGUCAUAUGGAUGUUCACGAGCCGUCGGGUAAUAAUGCGGGACUGACUAAGAGGGCGACCUAUACCAGUCGGAGCAGGGAGGUGGAACUGUUUACUCCCAUACACGCCGAUAUAUUCUUCCAGGAGAAACUUUUACUGAAUGGCCUGGAUGUUAAGUUGCGAUUCAUUCGAGCAAAAGACGAAUUCUGUCUGAUGAGGUCCGACGAUGUGGCUUACAAAUUAAAUAUAACGGCGGCGUCCCUAUUUGUCAAGAAAGUGUCUGUAUCACCCCCGGUGAGACUGGCUCACGCUCAGGCGUUACUGUCAACAACGGCAAAGUACGCCGUCGACAGGGUCUGUCUAAAAACGUUCUCAAUCCCUACCGGGUCUCGUGUUUUGAAUCAAGAAAAUCUGUUUUUAGGAACAUUGCCAAAGUCUAUCAUCAUUGGCAUGGUCGAUAACGAUGCUUUCACCGGAUCCUACACAAAAAAUCCAUUUGCGUUCAAACAUUACGAUCUGGAGUUCUUAGCCGUCUACGUCGACUCUCAGCAAUUCCCCACCAAACCUCUACAACCUAAUUUCGGAGCCGGUCUGGCGGCGCGUGAAUUUGAUCAGUUAUCGAUGGCGACCGGUAGGCAUCUUAAAGACCGAGCGCUCUGUAUCAACAGUAAUGAUUUCAUGAACGGAUACACACUAUACGCGUUCAACCUCACCCCGGAUGAAGAGUGUCGGCAACACAUUUCGCUCGUCAAGUCCGGGAAUAUCAGAGUCGAAGCUCGUUUCAGACAACCGCUACCGAAUACCGUUACCUUAAUCAUUUACGCCGUUUUUGAUUCUCUCAUUGAAGUGUCUAACCGCAGACAGGUGCUGAUCGACUACUAUUGA